AUGGAAUCAGACUCUCCAGAUGAUUUUCGUCGAGACUCACUAGACUUUGAUCACUGGACUUCAGUCAUUUCAGAGAUAGAGACUGCAUAUUCUGAUGACGUAGAGAAAAUAUCUUCAGUUUAUGACUCGUUCUUGUCCGAGUUUCCGCUGUGCCAUGGAUACUGGAGGAGGUACGCUGAUCAUAAGGCCCGCUUAUGCAGCGUUGACAAGGUUGUUCAAGUUUUCGAACGAGCGGUGCAAUCAGCAACGUACUCUGUUCCCCUGUGGGUGGACUACUGUAACUUCGCUAUGGCAGCUUUUGAAAACCCAUCUGACAUUCGCAGAUUAUUUCAGAGAGGCAUGUCUUUUGUUGGAAAGGAUUACUCAUGCCAUACUUUGUGGGACAAAUACAUUGAAUUUGAGUAUUCUCAGCAGCAAUGGAGUUCGCUGGCCCAGAUUUACAUCCAAGCGCUUAGAUUUCCUACCAAAAAGUUGCAUCGUUAUUACGAAAGUUUGAAGAAGUUCGGUGCCUCAUGUGAAGAGGAGAUGAAAUGCCAGAGUAGUUCUACUGUAGAUUUGCAAUCAGAAACUGUGCUUGAUAGUGAAGCCCCUACAAUUUAUAGAGAUGAUGAAAUUGCUCUUGUUGCCAAAGACUUGCUUGAUCCAGCAAUUGGCUUAGAAAGGUCUAAAGCACUGCAAAAAUACAUAUAUGUUGGAAAGCAGUUGUAUCAGGAAGCAUGUCGGCUGGAUGAAACAAUUCGUACUUUUGAGAUUAAUAUAAGGAGGUCUUACUUCCAUGUCAGGCCAAUUGAUGUGGGUCAGUUGGAGAAUUGGCAUCACUAUCUGGACUUCGUUGAGAUCCAAGGGGAUUUUGACUGGGCUGUUAAACUUUAUGAGAGAUGCUUGAUUCCCUGUGCCAAUUACCCUGAGUUUUGGAUGCGUUAUGUGGAAUUCAUGGAAAUCAACGGAGGAAGAGAGAUUGCAAACUAUGCUCUUGACCGAGCAACCCAAAUAUUUAUGAAGAGACUGUCGGUGAUUCAUCUUUUCAAUGCCAGGUUUAAGGAGAAAAUAGGAGAUGUAUCUGGUGCCCGUGCUGCGUUUCCUAAAUGUGAUACAGAAUCAGAUUCCCAGUUUGUGAAGAAUGUUAUGUUAAAGGCUAAUAUGGAAAAACGUAUGGGAAAUUUCGCAGUAGCUUCCAAUAUAUACAAAGAAGCACUAGAAAUGGCGGUAGAGAAGAAAAAGUUGCAUACUCUUCCUAUUUUAUAUGUUCAUUUUUCCCGACUUACCUACAUGAUGACUGAUAGUGCAGAUGCUGCCAGAGAUGUCUUGAUAGAUGGCAUCAAACACUUGCCUCAUUGCAAAUCACUUCUAGAGGAGUUGAUAAACUUUUCAAUUAUGCAUGGAGGGAAGCGACACCUAAAUGUGGUAGAUUCUAUUGUAGCCACUGCAAUAUCUCCACAGUCAAGUGUAUCUGAUGUUCUGAAUGCAAAAGACGCAGAGGAUAUUUCAAGCUUAUAUUUAGAGUUUGUUGACCUAUGUGGAACUAUACAUGAAGUAAGAAAGGUGUGGAAUCGGCAUGUACGAUUGUUCCCAUCGUCUACUAGGACAGCUUCUUUUGAUCAGCAUGCUACAUUUACAAAACUUUUGAAAUUGUCUAGAGGAACAAAGGAAACAUUGGUUGCUCUGCCUCAGCAGCCAUCUGGAGAUUGUAGUUCUGACUCCCUGAUUGAGCUCCCAUUGCAUGACAGUAAAAUGUUAUUGCCAGACAAUCAUAAAAUUGAGUCUGGCCAGGAUCCUACUGACCAGAUAUGUGACCAGAAAUUGUCAUCUCCGGGAAGUCAACUUGAGAAGACUACUUCUGACAAGCUUCAACCAAGGCAACCUGAAAACAUACAGGAAACACUGAAACUGCCAUCUCUAGAAGUUUCAAAAGAGCAAUCCAGAGAUGAUACACCAGAAGCAAAUCUGGCAUCUGUAGAUUUAGUAAAAGUGAAGCAGGUAUCUCCUGAAGUUUCUGAGGAGCCCAGAGAAAAUACUCCUGAACCGAAGGCAUUAUCUGUUGAAUUAGGAUGUCAAGUUGCUGAAGGAAAUGAUUCUGUAGAACCUUCACAAGAAGGCACAAACAGGAGUGAUGCUAAUCGAGAGUGCGACAAUAAGUCUGAACAAGACCUGAAGCCACUGUCGUUAGAGAGUCUUUCUCUAAAUUCCCAGGAGAAUACAAAUCUGGAUUUAAUACCCUCCAUUUAUCUCAACUGCGAAGGUUCUCAAGAAACCUGUACUUCAAAUGGAAGGAAGCUAGAGAGCAAUUGCAAAUCUAAUGAAGACUCUUAUAUGUACAGCCCAAGAAAGGCCAGAGCAUUGGAGACGGCUGGAAAUAAAGCGGUUAAUCCGAUUUCAACACAUGCACUUUCUCAACCAGCUGUGAAUAGUUACGGAGACUGGCAUCAAAAUAAUCGUUCUGGUAAAGUUCGUAGAGAUUCCAAAUUUGGGUUUCGGGGACGUUUACAGAGAAAAUCAUAUCAGCAGCAGCCAGUUUCCCCACAAAAAUACCCACAAACUGAAGUGGGUAGUCCAAUGCCUGGGACUGGCAGUCUAUGUCAACCCUCUCAAUUUGUGUCUUCACAGAGCCCACAAAUUCAGCAGGGCAGCCAGGAUCAUAAUCCAUAUCAAGCAGCAGCUACUCCUGUUAAUGUAAUGGCACCUAAGGCUUGGCAUAUGCAAAAUGUACCACAACCAAAUUAUGCCUCUUCAUGUCAGCCCCAGUUGCCUGCCCAAUCUGUUGUUCCACAGGCAUCUCAAGGAUCAAUUUUAGGGCAGUACGGGAUGCAGAAUAGCCAAGCAUAUAAUCAGAUGUGGCAAUAUUAUUACUACCAGCAGCAGCAGCAGCAGCAGCAGUUCCUUCAACAACAGCUGCAUCAAACACAGCAGCAACAACAACAGCCCCAGCCCCAGCCCCAGCAGCAGCAGGCCUUGUUGCAACAGUAUCAGCAGCAGCCGCAACAACUUCAACAAUAUUAUGGUCAGAUGCAACAGCAACAACCUUAUCAACAGCAGCAAUUACAGACACAACACAAUGUGCAGCAACAGAUUCCUUUGCAACAACAGCAAUACAAUCAGCAGUUGCAAAUGCAACAACAGCAACUUCAGCAACCUCAUCAGCAGCAGCAACUUCAGGAACAACAGCAUCUGAGUUACAUGCAGAACAAUCAGCAGCCACUCCAACAGCAAUCACUUAUGCAGGAGCAGCAGCAGCAGCAGCGAAUUAGUCCUGGGAUUCAGCAUGACAACUACUACCAUCAGGAUCAAGCAGCUGUGCCACCAAAUAAUUCUGAUAGCCAUGGAACAGUUGUAUCUUCUGUAUCUCCUCAUAUGCAGACAGAAAUGAAGGCAGAUGCCCCGGCAGGCAACACGAGCAUGCUGUGA